CAGUCUGCAACCUGCAACCAUCUGAUCUGCAGCAUCGUCGUAUGUCAGUUGCAUUUAUCGACUUUCAGUAAUUUGUUCGGUCUAGAAAUAGUUGAAAUUGAAGUAUUGUAGCCUCUUCGGUAACUUCUCGAAGUAAUUUUAUUAGCAUCCAUUUAUAGAAACACGAUUAACAUACGUCAUAAGUACGAAUAAAUAGUCACGUGUUGUCAGCUUUUAUUGGAAUUGAUUACCAUACCAACACUUUACUAAGCAUAACUAUUUCCUCAUUUCUCUGAAAUUUUAUCAUUCUUUUAACUGUUUCUUUGCAAAUUCCCAAAUAUAUUUAAUAAUCAUGAGUAACGCGCAUCUGGGAGCUGGUUCUGAAAAACCAGCAGAAGUAUCAGGACAAACACGUUUAUACAGCAUGAUGUUUUGUCCUUUUGCACAUCGAAUUCGAUUAAUACUUUCUUACAAAAAGAUUCCCCAUGACAUUGUCAACAUCAAUUUGAAAAAUAAGCCUGAAUGGUAUUUUGAGAUUCAUCCAGAAGGUAAAGUACCAGCAUUUGUUGAUACCGAUGGUAAGGUAGUUACAGAUUCAAUAGAUAUAGCAAAUUAUUUGGAUGAAAAAUAUCCUGAACCCCCUUUAUAUCAUGAAGCAACAAAGGCCCGUGAUCUGGAACUGUUGGAUCAUUAUUCUAAGAUUGUUAAUAUUUUCUCAAAUUGUAUACAUGGCAAUGAUGAAAGGCCACUGAGUGAUAUUAUUGCUCAGAUAUUUGAUCUAUUAGUAGAAUAUGAAGAUGAACUUAAAUCUCGUGGAACCACUUUCUUUGGAGGAACUCAACCCGGUAUGUUGGAUAUAAUGAUGUGGCCGUGGGUUGAACGACGAAAGUCUCUAUCUUUAAUUUAUAAAGAACAUAUUAUUAUUAAAGAUGCAAGAUUCUCACAAUUAAUGGAAUGGACGAAAGAAAUGAAAGCACAGCCGUUUGUACAAGAAAACGAGUGUUCGCAUGAGAAAUUUGCACAAUUGAUCGCAGAUUUAAAAGAGGGAAAUGUUAACUAUGAUAGACUUUAAGUAUCUCAACAAAGAUAUAAAACUACUUCCGCAAUAUGUGAUAAUAAAUAGUUUAAUCCUUCUA